AUGGCGGGUGGGCAAGCGGCGCCACCUGCGGCGAAAACGCGCGUGUUCUUCCGCUUCUGGGAUGCCUCGCCAGUCGGAACGCACGAAUGCAUUCGUGUCUUGGGCAGCUGUCAUGAGCUCGGCAGCUGGGAUUUGAACUCGGCUGUGCAGCUGAGCCGGGUGGAGCAGUGCAAAGGAUGCUGGUGGACCACAAACAGCGUGAGGAUUCCUCUGAAAGAGCAUUUCGAGUACCGCUAUGCCAUCUACAACUCAGACACCGAUGACUUUAUCCGGUGGACGAAGGAGGGGGAAGAACCGCUCUUCGCAGUCGCGACUGGCCGGACCUUGAUUUUGGAAGAUGACGAUGGCCGCUGCCGUGCUACGGGCGACGACGAAGCAGGGCAGAUGUCCACCGUGGCCUCUCGGGGAGCGUCCCUGGCUGCUGAAGCGAAUGUGGGCAGCCGACCUCCUAGUCCGUCUGGCUAUCAUGGGAGCCAGCCGGCGAGCCCGAGAAGUCCGGCCUCUCCCCGAUCUGGCAGCUGCUGGAACCAGCGCUCCAAGUCCAUGGACUUGACGCAGCUGUGCGACGUAACAAGUGAGGACAGUGCCUUUCUUGUAUUCCGAAGCCUGCCAGUUCUGGUCAAGCGAGCCGAGAACGGUGACUGGCAGGUUGAAAAGAUUAGCCAUGGAGCAGGCACCGCUCUGCCACUACUCAAACACUUCACGCAGACUGGGAGCAACAAGCCGCCUGCCGGUGAAGCCAUUGAUGUGUCCGUGAAGUUCAUCGGCCAUCCAGGUGUGUGCGUCAGAGAUGACGCGGACAGGAAGCAGCUCACUGACCUCUUGGCGAAGCAUUCUUGCAUCCCAGUCUUUCUCGACGAGGAUGUUGUGCAAAAGCACAACUUCUUCGCAGAAGAUUACCUGUGGCCUGUGUUUCACAACAUGAAGAUCUUCGAUGCCACCAUCACCGGCGACCAUGAGUACGAGUCCUUCGACAAGGCACUCUGGAAGAGCUUCCUAGCCCUGAACAAUGCAUAUGCGGACGUGAUUACUAAGCACGGAGAUGAGAACACGCUCGUCUGGAUUCACGACUACGAGCUCGUGAUGGUCCCACGAUUUGUCUACCACCGAAACCCGGACUUCACCACGGGUCUGUUCCUCCACUGUGCAUUUCCCAGCACAGAGGUGAUGAGCUGCUUACCCGUUCGAGAGGACAUCCUGCAAGGAAUGCUGAGCAGUAGGCUGGUGACCUUUCAGACGUUCGAUUACCUGAGGCACUUCAUGUCCUGCUGCUCGGAAGUGCUGGGGACGCGCCAUUCUUUUCAGAAGGGCGGAAUCCUGCAGGUCGAACAUGAGUCUCGGAGUGUCGUCGUCUUUGCGGACCACUUCGCGAUCCCCUACAAUCAUCUCAUCAAGAAGAUCUCGGAUGACAAGGUCGUGGAGCGCGCUGCUUCCAUUCGAAACAAGUUCAAAGGGAAGACCAUCAUCGGUGCCUAUGAUCGAUUCGACUGCUUCAGCGGGCUGACGCUCAAACUGCGCACCUUCCACCGUUUCUUACAGGAUUAUCGCUCGCACAGGCGGAGUGUGGUUCUUGUGCAGUACGUUCGCGCCCGCGCCACAGACUCGAAGCGGAAGGGCAUGGUAACCAUUGAAGAGCUUCAGCAGAUGGCAGAUGCCACCAACAAAGCCUUCGGCGUGGAAGGCGAGCCACCGCUGGUCAAUAUCGUCGUGGAGGAGGUAACCCGAGAAAGGCAGCUUGGAGUCCUCUUGGCGACGGACAUCCUUCUGGAUACGUCCACCAAUGAUGGCUUGAACCUGAUUCCUUUCAACUUCUACGCGGCGCACUCACAGGACCAGAAAGGUGUGGCCUUGAUAUCGGAAUUCUGCGGCUGCUCCUCCGUGCUGACAGGCGCCUUCAAGAUCAACCCCUGGAACACGGGCGCGGUCCUGACCGCCCUAGAUCAGGCGAUUAGCAUCACACCCGAGGACCAAGCCCUGCGCUUCGCCAAGGAUCACUCCUAUGUCUCGACGCAGACGCUCGUUCAGUGGGUCCACAAGAACCUGUCUGAGCUGAAGGUCACCAGGAUGGGCCAAAGCCUGACGUACCGCUCAUCAGCAGGUCCGGUCCACCUACCUUUUGACGAUGUCGUUGCAGCUUACAACAGUGCGAAGAAGCGAGCCAUCUUCCUCGACAACGAGGGCACCAUUGCUGCCAAGCAAAAAUGGCAGAUCGAGUCGACGACAAUGGUGGCCUUGCAGAAGCAAGGGCAGCCUCCGGACCCUUACGUUUUGGACCUGCUCCAAACCCUGGCCAAUGACCGCGGGAACACGGUUGUGGUCUUAUCGGGUCGCCGCAAGAAUGUCAUGGAGGAGUGGUUCGGCUCGGUUGACGGCCUGGGCCUCUUUGCCGAGCACGGUUGCCACCGGCUCCUCCCGCGCACCCUUUCUGUGGCGCAACAGGAGAGCGGUGAGCGAGCUUGGAGGUCUGAAGCUAGCGCGGACGACAACCAGGAGUGGAAGGAUCUCUGCAUUGAGCUGAUGAAGCAGUAUGUCCAGCGCAUCCAGGGCAGCAUCCUUGAAGCAAAGGCAUCUUCCAUUUCCUGGAACUACCGUGAGGUGGGUGCCACGGGGGUCAUCGAUGAUGUGGCUCAUGAACUGGUGCGGUUUCUGGAUCCGGAUGUGCCCACUGGGCUACUCUUUGGGUUUCCAGUGAAGGUGGUCAUGGGCAAGGGCUAUGUGGAAGUCAAGCGUGCUGACAUCGACAAGGGUCGAGCUGUGAUCAAGACCCUUGAAGAGUUGGGCAACGUAGACUUCGUCCUCAGUAUCGGUGACGACCGGUCCGACGAGGAUAUGUUCGAGGCGAUCUCGAACUACUUCAAGCGGACUGGGGACGUCUCGGCGAUGCUUUCUGCAAACCCCUCGCAGAGUUCUCUCCGACGUGCCGGCGCUGGCACAUCGUCGAUGGCCUCUUCGCUCGACGGUCUCGCCCCAUCACCCACCGAUUCGCCCACCGUGUCGCCAAAGGACAAGAAUGACAAGAAGCCCGUGCGCUCGGUAAACUUCACCGACAAGGAUGGCACGGCCUCGGCACCAGCGCAAGCCUGUCUCCAUCGCAUGGCUUCGUCCACCACCUGGUUCACGGCGACUGUUGGGCGCAAAACCACACAGGCAAAGCAUUUCUGUGCAGACGUGGACGAGGUCACGCAGCUUCUGAAGAAGCUUGCUUCUAAAGCGAUUAUGGGCCAGUUCUCCCGGUUCGCAUCGAUGCCGGUAAUCGCUCCAGACGCUGAUGAACAGAAUGGAGACGAAGACUCGCAAGACGAGCCCCCUGACGUCAAGGACAUGGGCCGGGCGACCACCCAAAGCAGUUUUCUGAAGAAGCCGCUCAACAAGACGGAGACGUGA